UUUGCUUUUAAAUCCGACCAAUCGUGACUUCGUUAUUGUCCUGAACUCCUUUUGAUUUUCCAUUGCGGAGGUAGUCUGUUGGAAAAGUGUUGUGAAAAUUUGGUUUUCCAAUACUAAAUUAUUUAUUCUAAUAUUCUCUGAAACAGAUUUACCAUGUAUGCACAAAGCAGACUGACAAAAUUCAAGAAUAAGGGCAGAGACCAAGAAGCAAUGCGUCGUCGGCGAACGGAAGUAAAUGUUGAACUAAGAAAACAGAAAAAGGAUGACAGUUUGUCGAAACGUAGGAAUGUUGAUGCAUUUGAUGAUGAACCAGUCAGCCCUCUCCAGCCUCAGAAUAAGCAACAAACUCCUGGCAUGUCUCUUGAAGAAAUUGUAGCUGGAGUUCAAAAUCCUGAUCCUCAAGUUCGCUUGGUGGCUACACAGAAUGCUCGUAAAAUCCUUUCUCGUGAAAAGAAUCCUCCUAUUGAUGAUAUGAUAGCAAGUGGAGUAAUUCCUUAUCUUGUUUCUUUUCUGCAAGAUCAUGGAAAUGUGCCUCUUCAGUUUGAAGCUUGUUGGGCAUUAACCAAUAUAGCAUCUGGCAAUUCUGCACAAACAUCUACAGUUGUAAAUGCUGGUGCUAUCCCACUUUUCAUAGAACUUCUGUCUUCCCCACAUGCAACUAUUGCUGAACAGGCUGUCUGGGCUAUUGGUAACAUAGCAGGUGAUGGACCUCAACUAAGAGACUUUGUUCUUAAAUAUAAUGUAAUUCCUGCUUUAAAGAAUUUGCUUACACCUGAAAUAUCAGUGCAAUUUCGACGCAACAUUACAUGGACUUUGUCAAAUCUGUGUCGUAAUAAGAAUCCUCCACCACCUUUUGAAGCUGUAAAACAGCUUAUACCAACUUUUGCUGAACUUAUUCAUCAUCCUGAUACUGAAGUGGUGACUGAUACGCUGUGGGCAAUAUCAUACCUGACUGAUGGUAGCAAUGAAAAAAUACAGGAAGUGAUCAAUUCUGGAGUUGUCCCUCGCCUGUGUGAACUUCUGGAAGUGCGUGAAACUUCUGUUAUUACACCUGCACUGCGUUCCAUUGGAAAUAUUGUGACAGGUGAUGAUAAGCAAACACAGACUGUGAUUGAUGGUGGUGCAUUACCUUUUUUGAGACGAUUAAUGACUCAUUCUAAGCCUAACAUUGUAAAGGAAGCUUGUUGGGCUGUUUCUAAUAUCUGUGCUGGAAAUGUACAUCAGAUUCAAGCAGUUACUGAUAAUGGCUUAAUGGGUCCAAUUAUAGAUGUAUUGAAUCAGGGAGAUUUUAAAUGUCAAAAGGAAGCUGCUUGGGCAGCAUGCAACUACACUUCUGGUGGAAACAUAGAACAAAUAACAUUUUUAGUACGUUCUGGUGUUAUUCCUCCUUUGUGUGAUUUACUUACCAUAAAGGAUCCUAAAGUUCUUGUAGUUGUUUUGGAUGCUAUCUCAAACAUUUUAGCUGCUGCAAGUAAAAUAAAUGCACUUGAAAGUGUUUGCUCUUUCAUAGAACAGUGGGAUGGACUUGAUAAAAUAGAAAAUUUGCAGCACCAUGAAAAUGCUGAGGUUUACAAGACUGCUUAUACAAUAAUUGAUACAUACUUUUCUGGAGAGGAUGAAGCUGAUGAACAGCUUGCACCAGAAGUGGAUGAGUCUGGCAAUUACCAGUUUUCUGAAAAUGCCUCUGCUCCAAAUGGUGGAUUUUCUUUUUAAUAUGCAUUUUCAUAAUGGAUUUUAAACUGCUGUUUAUUAUUUAAAGUUCAAAAGGUUUGAAAAAUUGAAAAGAUAAAAAUUUUUGUACAGUUGAACAUUCCCAAAUUGCAUUUGUAACAUUUUGUUUUUUAUUGUGAAUAAAGUAACUUUUCUGAA